UAUCAACAUGUAUUAAGAAUUUUAUCAGAAAUAUAUAAGCACAUUGACAGUUGGUGGUCUUGAUUAAUCAUUAUUUUAUUAGUUCAUGGAAAAAUUACAUCAGCUCUGAGAAAUUGUUUAUUAUUAAUAAGGAUGUUGCGGUUAACCCUUAUUUUACAUUUGGCGAGUCUAAGUUUGGCCUAUUUCAACCCACAUUAUGCGCCAGGCCGAACUACGAUGGUGCAUCUGUUUGAAUGGAAAUGGGAUGACAUAGCGGCUGAAUGUGAGAGAUUUCUUGGCCCUAAUGGCUUUGGUGGUAUUCAGGUAUCACCUCCUAAUGAGAACUUGGCUAUUUGGAGUCACAAUCGACCAUGGUGGGAACGCUACCAGCCAAUAUCAUACAGGCUUUUAACUCGAUCUGGCAAUGAACAACAGUUCGCCAAUAUGGUUAGACGUUGCAAUGAUGCUGGAGUCAGGAUCUACGUAGAUGCCAUUAUUAAUCACAUGACUGGAACUUGGAGUGAGAACGUUGGUACUGGUGGUAGUACAGCCAACUUUGGUGAGUGGCACUACCCGUCUGUUCCGUACGGUCGCAAUGAUUUCAACUGGCCUCACUGCGUCAUAUCAGGCAAUGACUAUGGAUGCUGCCCUGAUAGGGUACGCAACUGUGAAUUAUCCGGCUUAAAGGACUUAAACCAAGGAUCAGAAUAUGUACGUUCUAUGAUUGUGGGUUACAUGAAUAGCCUUAUUGAUAUAGGCGUGGCUGGUUUUAGAAUUGAUGCUGCUAAACAUAUGUGGCCUUCCGAUCUCCGAGUUAUUUACGACAGGCUACAUAACUUGAACACCGAUCACGGCUUUCCAUCAGGCGCUCGUCCUUACAUCUAUCAGGAAGUCAUUGAUCUUGGCGGAGAGGCCAUGAGUCGUGACGAAUAUACCCCACUAGCUGCUGUCACCGAGUUCAAAUUUGGAAUGGAACUGAGCAGGGCAUUCCAAGGUGGCAAUCAGCUUAGAUGGCUGGUCAAUUGGGGUCCUCAAUGGGGAUUGCUAGCUUCUGAUGUCUCCUUGACUUUUAUUGAUAACCACGAUAACCAGAGAGGGCACGGCGCUGGUGGUAGUAUCCUUACAUAUAAACAGGCUAGGCAGUACAAAGCUGCUGUAGCGUUUAUGUUGGCCCAUCCUUAUGGAGAACCACAAUUGAUGAGUAGCUUUGAUUUCGUAAAUACCGAGGCUGGCCCGCCAAUGGAUAGCAGCGGUAACAUCAUCUCUCCUUCCAUUAAUUCGGAUAACACAUGUGGUAACGGCUGGAUCUGCGAGCACCGGUGGCGUCAGAUCUACCAAAUGGUUCAAUUCAGGAAUGUAGCCUUGGGAACUGGGGUUAACGACUGGUGGGAUAACGGUGGCAAUCAGAUUGCUUUCUGUCGUGGUGGUCAAGCCUUCAUUGCCUUUAAUAAUGAAUAUUGGACGUUGAACCAAAACUUGCAGACUUGCCUCCCAGCUGGCACAUACUGCGACAUUAUUUCUGGUACCAGAAACGGCAACAGUUGUACUGGAAAGUCUGUCCAAGUGGGUAACGACGGUCGGGCUACCAUCAUCAUUGGUUCGGAUGAAUACGACAUGAUACUCGCCAUUCAUAGAGGCCCACAGUCGAGAAUAAAUUGAAGUUGAUGAAACUCGAGAAAUAUGAAGACUUAAUUUUGUAUGUAAUUACUUAAAUAUGUUAGUAUUAAUUAAAUAAAAUUAUUUGUAAAAUUAAGUAAUAUAAUAUUAUUA